UUUCAAUUGACUAUAUAUAUCAUCAUCAUCGUUUAACGUCCGCUUUCCAUGCUGGCAUGGGUUGGACGGUUUGAUUGGGGACUGGCAAGCAAGGAGGCUGCACCAGGCUCCAAUCUGAUCUGGCAAGGUUUCUACAGCUGGAUGCCCUUCCUAAUGCAAACCACUCUGAGAGUGUGGUGGGUGCUUUUAACGUGCCACCAGCACAGGAGCCAGUAUCACCUGAUGAUUCAAAGGUACUAUUUAAAGAGGUUGGUUAUGUGACACUGGUAUAGGCUAUGGCUGUGAUCUCACUUUACUCGCCGGGUCUUCUCAAUCACAGCAUAUCUCCAGAGGUCUUGGUCUCUUGUCAUUGCUUCUGUGAAGCCCAGCAUUCGAAGGUCAUGCUUCACCACCUCAUCCCAUGUCUUCCUGGGUCUUGAAUUCCUCUGUUACUGCCUGGCGGACUAUGAUGAACAAGAUGGGGCUGAGCACUGAUCCUUGGCGAACCCCUACUUUUGCCCGGAAUUCUUCACUAUACUCAUUGCUGACCCUUGCCUUACUGACAGCAUCCUUGUACAGGACUGGUACAGCUCUUAUUAACCUUGUUUCCGCAUUACCCACCAGAUAAAGGAUCUGGGGACCCUGUCAAAGGCUUUCCCCAAGUCAACAAAAGCCAAGUAUAGGGGUUUAUCUUUAGCUAGGUAUUUCUCCAGCAGUUGCCAUACCAGAAAUAUAGCAUCAGUGGUCCUUCUAUCUGGCACAAAACCGAACUGCAUCUCAUCUAAGCAGACUCUCUCCCUAAUUAGUUGGGCUAUGACCCUCUCCGUGACCUUCAUCACCUGAUCCCGCAGUUUGACACCCUUGUAGUUAUUUCUAUCUAAAGCAUCACCUUUACCUUUGUAGCAGUUGACUAUGGUGCUGCUAUGCCAGUCAUUGGGUAUGACUCUUUCGUGAACUACCUGAUUAACUAAACAGGUGACUAGACCAUAACCCACCCUACCAGAUAUUUUAAGCAUCUCUGCAGUGAUUUCUGAUGGGCCAGGGAUUUUUCCUAACUUCAUAUCCUCAAUUGCUUUAUCUACUAGGGUGCUAUCGAUUCGGGUAGCUGGUCCCUCAACUGGGUCAACAUGUGGCAGGCUCUCCUCUCAUUCAUUCUCCACACUCAGUAGCCUUUCAUAAUGGCCUCCCCAAGCCUCUUUCUUUGCAGAAUCAUUAAAACAAGUGCACCAUCAUUCAUGUGAACAUAUUUCUCUCCUGUAACAUCACAAUUUUCUCUCACACUCUGUAUUGCAAACCAAAGUACUUCAGUUCUUUGGCCCUCACAUCACUGAACAUUGGCAAACUUCUUUUCUGCUUCUCCCUUGGCUAUAUAUACCUGUCUCCCAGCCUCCCUUCUAGCUACCUGGUACAUUUCCCUGCUACUCCCACUCUUCCAGGUUUUCCAGGCCUGUUUCUUUGCUUUAAUGGCCUUGUCUACCAUAUUAUUCCACUACCACAUUACCCUAGUUCUGGAAGGAACUUUGCACCAGCUGCAGAUUUAGUCUGUAGCAGAAAGUAAGCUGUCAUAUAGGAAUUUCCAGUUACCCUCUAUGUCACAAGUCUGUAUCUCCUCCUCCCUCUCAUCAAAUUUCUCAAUGAAGAUAUCCCUAAAUCUCUGACCAAAUCCUUCUUUUCUAUAACGUUUUAGAUGUCGGAGAUUACAAAUAUGCAAAAAAAAAUUUAUUUCACUCCCGCCUAUUCCCCCCUCCCCAAUUUAAAAUCAUGAACUUUUUUCGAAAUUUUCAAAACUUUAAAUAUAUAUAAUGAAUAUAUUAAAAGUUGACAAUUUUUUUUUUAUCUUAUAUUUAUUUUGUAUACAAAUAAUACAACAUUACAUAAGCUGAUAAGUUGUUUACUGCAGUGCAUAAGGCGAAAUUACGGAAAUUAUGCUAUUGUUUCUUUUCUGGAAACUCGCCACGUACCGGCAGCUGAUAGCUCACGGUCCAUGGAACACCACUUUGUGUUGCACUCGAUUAAACUACUAACAUCUUCGGAACAAAACCUUUGAAUGCUGGUUGCCUUCGGUUAUCUUCUUCGACCAUCACUCACUCCCACUCCGUUUGCCGUUUUACUGUCCGUGUUCCGGCGUCACUGAAGAGUGACACCGUUUUAUAUGUAAGAAAGAUGUCGGCGACUUUUAACGUACGUCACCGGUGUCAUUGAAACAAGGGGAAUAAUUAUCAACGACACCGCCUACAGGCUGUGUUUUUAACUGUGCUAAUUAUAUCAUACGUUGUAAUUAUCUCAUGUUUAGGUAGGUGAACGUUAAUGUUUGUGCUUAAGACUGGGUGAUGUUACAUGUUUCAAGCUCGGCGUUCUAUCACCUUCAUGAUUAAAUAUGUCAUUUCAUCACAGAUUUACAUCGUUAAUUAGUUGUUCCCUAUUUUACAGGACAGAUAACAUGGCUUUUAAUCAACAACAAAUCAAUCAAUGAACUUUUCAUUCGGACUUUAUAUCAAACAUUCUACUGGUGAGUAGAAAGUAUAUCUACAUUACAUCUGUUCCACACAUGUAAACGGAGAUAUGAUAUCUAAGUCAGGAAACUAAACCAUAAUAGAUUAACUCACAGACACGUGUCGGUUUUUAAAGAAUUCCUCAAGAAUUAAUAUGGAGAACGAUAAUCACUUGGAUACUUCAAACACAAAUGUUUUUAACAAUUUAGAUAUGGUUGCACAGACUGAUAUAGAUGAGAAACCUGUUCUUGGUGAAGUAUUUACUCAAGAAAGAUCGUUACAGGAAAAUGUUACUGAAUAUAGAUGUGAUGUUUGUAGGAAGACAUUCUCUUCAGAACGUGAAGUCUUCACGCAUAAAGAAAUACACAGUAAAGAGAAACAUUAUCAAUGUGAGGAGUAUUUUGUCUCUGUUAAUGUUUUAGGAAUACACCAACGAAAACACGCCCAAGUCAAACCGUUGGGCUGUGAAAUAUGUAGUAAUAAUUCUAGUCUUAUUAUCCACGUUUGCAGUCACACAAGCGAAAAACCGUUUCACUGUGAAAUGCUCAAGAAAUCUUACUCUGGUAAUCCUAGUCUUAUAGUCCAUAAACGAAUACACCCUGGUAAAAAGGCCUAUCACUGUGAAAUCUGUGGAGAAUGUUUCUGUCAGAAAUCUAAGAUGACUUUACAUAAAUAUAGUCACACUGGAAAGAAGCCAUUCUAUUGUGAUAUAUGCGGGAAAUGUUUUGUGAGGAAGUGUACUUUAUCAACACACACAAAAAUUCACACUGGAGAGAAACCCUGGCACUGUGAAAUAUGUGAGAAGUCUUUUGCGAAAUCUAGCCAUUUAAGCAGGCAUAAAUUAACACACACUGGAGAAAGACCUUUCCCUUGCAAUAUAUGUGGGAAGUCUUUUAUUACUAAUGAUAACUUAAAAACACACAAGAUGAUACAUACUGGAGAAAAACUAUUUCGCUGUGAAAUAUGUGAGAGAUCUUUUGUCUCUAAUACUCAUUUAAGCAGACACAACAGGAUACAUACUGGCGAGAAACCCUUUCAUUGUGAAAUUUGUGGGAAAUGCUUUGCCUCUAACAGUGAUUUAAACAGGCAUAAAAGAAUCCACACUGGAGAAAAACCAUUCCAUUGUGAAAAAUGUGGGAAAUCAUUCUCUGAUAAUUCUAAUCUUGUUGGUCACAUCCGCAGUCAUACUGGGGAAAGACCUUAUCAUUGUGAAACUUGUGGGAAAUGUUUCGUGACCAGUAGUCACUUAAAAAGACACAUACAAACACAUACUGGAAAGAAGACACAAUUUUCAGCUUUUGAGAAUUCCUCGAGAAUUAAUAUGGAGAACGUUACACAGACUGGCAGAAAUGAGGAACCUAUAUAUAACGAAACAUUUUCUAAAGAAAGAUCUGGAGAAAAACCAUAUCAUUGUGAAAUAUGUGGGGAAUCUUUCAUUUCUCAAAGUAGUUUAAACAUGCACAACCGGACUCACACUGGAGAGAAACCUUUCCACUGUGAAUUAUGUGGGAAACGUUUUAUUGAUGUUGCUCAUCUAAUAAGACACAAACGAACCCACACUGGAGAAAAGCCAUAUCAUUGUGAGAUAUGUGGGAAAUGUUUUAUUGAAAAUUCAAAACUUGUGGGACACAUACGUAGUCACACUGGAGAAAGGCCAUUCCACUGUGAAAUUUGUGGGAAAUCCUUCUCUGAUAAUUCUAAUCUUGUUGUCCACAAGCGUAUCCACACUGGAGAGAAGCCUUUCCACUGUGAAAUUUGCGAGACAUCUUUUGGUGAUAAAAGUUCUUUAAAGAGACAUGUACGUAUCCACUCUGGGGAAAAACCUUUCCAUUGUGAAAUAUGUGGGAAAUCUUUUCUUGAUAAUGGUAAUUUAAGAAAACACAUACGUAGACAUAUAGGAGCAGAACCUUUCCACUGUGAAAUAUGUGGUAAAUCUCUCAUUAGUAAUGCUAGUCUAAUUAUACAUAAAAGAACACACACUGGAGAAAGACCUUUCCACUGUGAUAUAUGUGGUAAGUCUUUUUCCAGCAACUAUAAUUUAAACAGGCACAACAGAACACACUCUGGAGAAGAAACCAUAAAAUUGUGAAAUAUGACCUUAAUAUAACAUACUGUUGACCGAUAUCUGAUUUAAACUGAUCCUUUCCUUAGCUAAAAACUACAAGUAAUGUAUAUAUUAUAUGCUAUUCACAUAAUAAAGAAUACAGACAUAUUUGUUUAAUCAAUAA